CGUUGAGGAAAUAGGACCGCGCAGACCAACUCCUAUCCCGGCCAAGUCCGACCGGACAGAGCCAGCCUGGCCGAGGGGCCAUACACCCCUGAGGAGCCCGCAGCCAGGGCCCUCGGGCCCCGCUCUGUGCGGCGCUCCGGCGACUCCGGGCUCGGGGCUCUGUCAUCCCGGGCGGGAUCCAGUCCAAGUUUCGAACCCUAGCCCCACGGAGUCGUUUCCAGCCGCGCGUUCCCGCCACACUCCUCCUCCGGGCGUGGGGUACAGUGGCCGUGGCCGUGGCUGUGACCGGGGCCCUGAGUCAGAGCGGCGGGGGAGCGCGGAGUUCAUUCGGUGCAGGCCCUCGCGGCGAGGCAGCUGCCGCCGGCCCGGGAAAGGUGGACCGGAGCACCGGGGGGGGGGGGGGGGGGGGGGGGGCGGAAGGGGUCACCCAGAGGACACCUGCGGGUCACCCAGAGGACACCGGCAGGAGAAUUCCUGAGGUGGGAGUAAGGGGAGGUUGGGUGGGGGGUAAAGAGGGAGGCUGGGCGUUGGGUAGGAUGCACUGACUGACCUUCCAGGGGCCCGCCUUAGAGAAGUGGGAGGACACACAGGGUCUGGCCUCUCUGCGCGCCUCCUGCCCAUCCUCCCCGCCCCGGCGCGCUAGCCCCCAGCCCCGAGCCCUAGCUGCUCCCCUCUCCGCGAUCUCUGGACGCCGCGAAGGGUCCGGGCCGGACAGGUAAGGGAGACCGGCGCAGGGGAAGGGGGGCUGCGGAUGCCGGCGCGGGCACGGUGAGAGCCCUCCCCAACCACGGCCGCCCCACCGCCCUCCUGCGCUGUCCCUGAAGAUGUCGGGAGCUAUCUUCACGUCUCUGGAGGGCCCGGGCGCCCUGGACGGGACAAGCGGCCACCCCCUCGUGUGCCCGCUGUGCCACGCGCAGUAUGAGCGCCCCUGCCUGCUGGACUGCUUUCACGAGUUCUGUGCCGGCUGCCUGCGUGGCCGCGCUGCUGAUGGCCGCCUCGCCUGCCCUCUGUGCCAGCACCAGACGGUGGUGAAGGGCCCCAGCGGGCUCCCUCCAGUGGAUCGGCUGUUGCAGUUCCUGGUGGACAGCUCAGGGGAUGGCACCGAGGUGGUGCGCUGCGCCAACUGCGACCUGGAGUGCGGCAAGCAGGACGCGGAGACCACAUACUUCUGCAACACGUGCGGGCAGCCGCUCUGCGCGCGCUGCCGCGACGAGACGCACCGGGCACGCAUGUUCGCGCGCCACGACAUCGUGGCCUUAGGCCAGCGCAGCCGCGACGUGCUCCAGAAGUGCACGCUGCACGCCGAGCCCUAUGUCCUGUUCUCCACCGACAAGAAGUCGCUGCUGUGCAUCCGCUGCUUCCGGGACAUGCAGGGGGAGAGCCGCGUCCACUGCGUGGACCUCGAGUCAGCUUACGUCCAGGGCUGCGAGCGGCUGCAGCAGGCGGUGCUGGAGGUGAAGGCCCUGCAGACCGCCACACGAGAGGCCAUCGAGCUGCUGCAGGCGAUGGUGGACGAAGUGCGACGCAGCGCGGCAGAGGAGGAGGCCGCCAUCCAGGCCCUCUUCAGCAGCAUGCAGGACAAACUGUCAGAGAGGAAAGAGCUGCUGCUGCAGGCCGUGCAGAGCCAGUAUGAAGAGAAGGACAAGGCCUUCAAGGAGCAGCUCUCCCAUUUGGCCACUCUGCUGCCCACCCUGCAGGUUCACCUGGUCAUCUGCUCUUCCUUCCUCAGCUUGGCCAACAAGGCCGAGUUCCUGGACCUGGGCUAUGAGCUGAUGGAGAGAUUGCAGGGCAUCGUCACGCGGCCACAUCGCCUGCGGCCGGCACAGAGCAGCAAGAUCACCAGCGACCACCGCGCUGAGUUCGCGCGCUGCCUGGAGCCGCUACUGCUGCUGGGGCCACGCCGGGCGGCGGGUGCCGGGGGUGGCACUAGCACGCUCACAGGGGGCUCGGGCCCCAAGGUGCUGAGGGGACCCAGCUGCCCUUCCCCAGUGGGGAAGAUGUUGGGGUCACCGGUCCAAAAGCCCACACUGCACCGGUCCAUCAGUACCAAGGUGCUGCUGGCGGAGGGCGACGACUCACCCUUCACGGAGCACUGCCGCCACUACGAGGACUCCUACCGGCGCCUGCAGGCAGAGAUGCAGAACCUGAAGGACCAGGUACAGGAGCUGCACCGGGACCUCACCAAGCACCAUUCGCUCAUCAAAGCCGAGAUCAUGGGCGACAUCUUACACAAGGCCCUGCAGGUGGACGCCCAGAUCGCCUCGGAGUAUGCUUCCGUGGAGGGCCUGAGAGCAGUCUUCCAGGAGAUUUGGGAGGACUCCUACCAGCGGGUGGCUAACGAACAGGAGAUAUAUGAAGCCCAGCUCCAUGACCUUCUCCAGCUGAAGCAGGAGAAUGCCUACCUGACCACCAUCACCAAGCAAAUCACGCCCUACGUCCGCUCCAUUGCCAAGGUGAAGGAGCGACUGGAGCCCAGGUUUCAGGUCCCUGUGGAUGAACCAUCAGACCAUCCACAAAACACGCAUGAUGAUGGUGUGAAUGCCGAGGCUCCGGCCAGGAGCGAUCCAGUAAGUGUUGCAGAGAAGAAGGAGAAGAACUUAGAGCUGAGAAACAGCCGAGCUCUGGGCAGCCUUGCAGAGGAGCCUCCACUGAAAAACAAAGAUGCACACAGACCCAAAUCAAAAAAUGGGGGUGAUGUCCCCACCUGGAGGGAGCACCCAGCUUAGCCUGGGACCAGUUCCAGGGUCAAGCACUUUGCAACAAGCCAGUCAAGGCCAGGAAAGUGAAGAAAAGACAGUUCCCUUUUUUUUUUUUUUAAUUUGUAAUCAUUUAUCAUCAAUAAAACCCAGACACUCCGGCAGAUCCCUAUUUCAGGUUCUCUGGUUUAGGCUAGACUUCUCGUGGUUCAGCAUCCUGACCCUUAUCACAGUGGCUCCAGGAGGCAGCCCAGUUCACCCUGCACCUCCCUGUGUACUGGGCUGUGAACUCCUGCCAGGGUGCACCCUCUGAAUUUCAUGAACAAGCCUCUUGGACUAACCCCCUGGGCAGCACCUACUCUGCCCCAGAGGAAGCCUGUUCCUUCUGAACCACAGCCCUGCUGUUAGCUGGAAAGUUCUACCCCAUUGUGAUCCUAGUGCUGACUCAGCCAAGGGGAAAAACCUUCGCUCCAGCUUUUCUCACUGUGGGGCCUGGGCUGAGCUCAUAAAGCGAAGAAAGAGCGCCUCCGUCCCCACGUCCCCCAGCUGUCCCCACCUGCUGUCACCCUCCCGUGCGCCUCUGAUGACGCUGAAGCGCAGUUCACCCGCAGCUUUGCUCCCGUGGUUUUUCAUUCUUACCCAGUAGCCUUUUUGUCAAGUGGAACUUAAACAGAACACUUAAACAUGAAAAUUAACCUGCAAGACCCUGAUGCUGGGAAAGAUUGAGGCAGGAGAAGGGGGCAACAGAGGAUGAGAUGGUUGGAUGGCAUCACGGACUCAAAAUACAUGAGUUUGAAUAAGCUCCAGGAGAUAGUGAAGGACAGAUAAGCCUGGCAUGCUCUAGUCCACAGGGUCACAGAGUCCGACACGACUGAGCAACUGAACAACGACCUGCAUGACCUAACAUUCAAAGUUCUGGAGGCAAAAUGAUGUGGAGAGUCACAUCUUAAAUACCAGCUUGAUUUAGUGACUCAGGUGGCUUUCAUGCACCAGGUGGGCCUGCAGGUCAACACACUGGUCCACUGGUCACAUCAGCACCCAAGGUCUGCAUACCUGCUGCGUGCACCUAGGUCCCAUCUCAAAGCACCACAGACCUCCACCGUGGGGGAGGGAGGGGCGGACCUCUACAGUGGUGGGGGGGUGUGGACAGGAGGAACACACCGCUCAGAAGGAGGAACUCAGAACAGAACCAAAGAGGCAGACAUGUCUGGCUUUAUGCUGUAGGUUCUGGACGUUUCUUAACUGGAAGUAACAAGACCUUAAGAGUUUCUGAAUCCCACACAGUCACACUGUCGUUCAUAGUGAAAUUAAGUACAGUUUUAUUUAAGAAUUGGAAAUCAUCAGUAUCUGUGAAAGAAAAUCAAUAUUUAAAUAAACAUUUCUGCAUGUAAAAAGAA